UUUAUCAGUUCCAUCAGGACGUCCCAUAUAUUUCAGUCAUCGUCUUAUCUAUGGUCUGUAGCCACGAGUCAGCGAGUGCCAAGCCACGUCGUUUUGAUAGACGUUUGUGAGUUAAGGAUUUUGUGUAUGACAUUUGUUGAUAGACUUGGUAAAAAUGAAUAUUUUCCGGUUAACGGGUGAUAUCUCUCAUUUAGUUGCUGUUAUAGUGUUAUUACUCAAAAUAUGGAAAACUCGAUCUUGCGCAGGUAUAUCAGGAAAAUCACAAUUUCUAUUCGCAAUCGUCUAUAUAACCCGAUACUUGGAUCUCGUAACAACUUUCAUAUCUGCUUAUAAUACUUUUAUGAAAUUAGUAUUUAUUGCUGCAUCAUGUGGUACCCUUUAUCUAAUGUACAUUAAGUUCAAAGCUACUUAUGAUUCGAAUCAUGAUACAUUUCGAAUUGAGUUCUUAAUUUUACCAUCUGCUGUACUGGCUUUGCUCAUCAACCAUGAUUUUUCAGUGCUAGAGAUUCUAUGGACUUUUAGUAUUUAUUUGGAGUCAGUUGCUAUAUUGCCGCAGUUGUUUAUGGUCAGUAAAACAGGGGAAGCAGAAAGCAUUACCUCUCAUUAUUUGUUUGCUUUGGGAAGCUAUAGGGCUCUGUAUUUACUGAAUUGGGUAUAUAGAUAUCUUGCUGAAGAUCAUUAUGACUUAAUUGCCAUUGUAGCUGGAGCUGUACAAACAGUAUUAUACUGCGAUUUCUUCUACUUGUACAUUACCAAAGUUCUGAAAGGCAAAAAACUGCAGCUGCCAGCUUAAACCAAGGAUUUUUAUUUUUUUAAACAUAGUGUAUAAGUUUAUAAAUGAUUGAAAAGUGUAUGAACUAAGAAAUUGACAUGCUAAUAUAAUAUAUGCUAUUAUUUUC